AUGCGCAACAAGCAAAGAGCGAGGGAACUAUGGAGAAGAGAGGGGCGAGGAAACCUUAACGGUGACGAUCUCCUCCGACAGGAGGAAGAGGCCACCCCCGAUCUGGACUCCUCCUCCCCCUCUCCGGACCCCCCCCCGCCCCAUCUGGUCUCCACCUCGUCGCAAAAGAACGAACGUCUGAGACAGGUGGUGAUCAGAUGGUUGGAGACAAAUGAGGAGGCGAAUGACCCGGACCAAGGCCAGACCGCCCCGGACCACGGCCAGACCGCCCCGGACCAAGGCCAGACCGCCCCGGACCCAGGCCAGACCGCCCCGGACCACGGCCAGACCGCCCCGGACCAAGGCCAGACCGCCCCGGACCCAGGCCAGACCGCCCCGGACCAAGGCCAGACCGCCCCGGACCAAGAACCCCAACACCAGGGAGAAGGCUCAGGCCCUUUCGUGGCCUGGCUGCCUCCGACCGCAGACGGGCCCCCCGGGAAGGACCUGGCCCAGGUGGUAGGGAACCUGAAGGUCCGGGUGAAGGGAGUCAGGAAGCUGAGCGUGGAAACAGCAACCAUGGACCCAGGCCAGACCGCCCAGGAGCCAAACCAGCUCCCCAAUGUGCCUGACAGCCCCCCCACAAAGGCCCUGGCCCAGGUCAUGGGGAACCUGAGGUUCCGGGUGAAGGGCCUCAAAAAGAAGAGGGUUCAACCAGCAACCACCUCCCGGCUUGAUGAGGAGAAGCCUUUGGGCCGCCCUUCAGGCCGGAGCCCCUUCCCUGGCCAGACUGCCCCGGACCGAGGCCAGACCGCCCCGGACCAAGGCCAGACCGCCCCGGACCAAGGCCAGACCGCCAAUGAACCUGCAGACAGGGCCCCGAGAAAGGACCUGACCCAGGUCUUGGGGAACAUGAGGGUCCGGGUGAGGGCACUAAGAAAGCAGAGGAUCGAAACAGCUACCAUCGCCCUGACGGAUCAGGAGGAGGAGAAGCCUUUGGGCCGCCUUUCACGCCAGAACCCCUUUAAGCGCAUCAAGAUGGCCUGGGCCGACCCAAAGGCCGCCCCCCGAACACCCCUGAACAUCAGGAUCUGGUCAUCGAGGCUGAGGAGGAGGGGGAAGCCACAGCUCAGGCUGAGGGGACGGGCCUCAGGCCCCGGGUCAACAAGUGGCUGAACUUUAGAAUGAAGGAAAUUUCAACAUUCGCGGCCCGGUUCCAGUGUGGGUCGUGUGUGCGCUAAGAAAAAAAAAAGAAAAAAGAAAAUAGCAUAUAAAAACAAAAAAAAUAAAACUGGAAAAUAAAAUGUAUUACGGCACCAUUGUACAGACAAAGUAUGCACGUCAAACAUCUGAUGGCGCCCGACCAAGUCCACAUCGAUGUGACAUCACACAGGAGGGAAACCCCAGCUUUGUCUAAGCCCGGGUGAAUUUAAACAAAGUAUUGAAACAUCUGAUGGGACUCAACCAAGUCCUCAUCGAUGUUGCAUCACACUGAGGUGUGUCAUACUUUGUUUAAAUUCACCUACGCUAGGAGAAAGCUGGGGUUUCACUCCAGUGUGUGAUGUCACAUCGAUGUGGACCUGGGCUGGACUUAUCCGAUGUUUGACGUACAUACUUUGUCUGGGCCCAGGUGAAUUUAAACAAAGUAUGUACGUCAAACAACUGAAGUGACCCGACCAGGUCGACAUCGAUGUGACGUCACACAGGAGUGAAACCCCAGCUUUGUCGGAGCCCGGGUGAAUUUAAACAAAGUAUUGAAACAUCUGAUGGGACCCAACCAAGUCCUCAUCAGUGUUACAUCACACUGAGGUGUGUAAUGCUUUGUUUAAAUUCACCUGCGCUUGGACCAAGCUGCGGUUUCUCUCCAGUGUGAUGUCACAUCGACGUGGACUUGGUCGGGUCCCAUCCGAUGUUGGACGUACACACUUUGUUUCAAUUCGCCUGGGCCCAACAGCCAAUUCAUGUAUAUUAAAUCAAAUAAAAAUGUUUGCCGAAA